AUGGAGCCAUCUUGCAAUACCGGACUGAGAGUCUUCUCCGGCGUACACCGGAGGGACGCGCCAACGGCUGCCAUCGACAGGCGCAGCCGUGCGUGCAUUGUGUCCACCAAUGUACGUAGUGUCCUGAACAAACGAAACGAGUUGGAUGCGUCUUUUAUGGAGCACUCCCCGAUGGCAACCGCCCUCAUCGAAGCCUGGCUUAACCCAGACGCCCUUGAGUCUGAAGUUUCUCUCUCGGGGUGUGCGUCAUUCCGUUCGGAUCGAGUACAACCGGGGAUGGGUGGGAGAGUCAUGCUGUUCAUCGACGAAAGUGUGCCGGUUACCCACCUCCACAGUUACGCGGAUCCUGACGGUCAGGAAAGAGGCGUUGUGAUGCAAAACCAAACUCUGUUGCAACGGUUACACGAUGAUUGGAGUCUGCUACAGCCGCCAGAGACAGUCCCGGUGGCCAUUCUGGACGAUAUGCGUCGACGGACUAGCGACGGUCACUGUCGGAUUUUGGGUGAUUUCAAUGUACCUCUCAUUGACUGGGACGAAAAUCGCUGCCUGCCAGGAGCGGACCGAUUCUCCAAAGACCUCCUCGCAGUCGUGAACCAGUUGACCAUGCACCAGAACUUCCUCGAGCCCACCAGGCUCAACGAUUCUGCCCAUUCAGUCCUUGAUCUUGUGUUAUCACCUCGAACAUCGGACGUUGAUGUCAUUGACUACCUUCGGGAUCGGCGUUAUGGAAUUAGUGACAGCCUUUUCUCCACCUGA